AUGGCGCAGCCGGCCGCGGCGGUACCAGGCCCCGCGAGGCCGACGGACCCGGAAGUGCGAGCAACGAAGGAAGCGGAGGCUGCCAUGGAACGGCACCAGAAGCUAAUUGCAGGAAAGGCCCAUGCAGAAGGUGGCUCUGCACGGACGUCACUUCUCAUCUUGGUGUCUAUCUUCUUAUUAGCUGCCUCUGUUAUGUUUCUGGUAUAUAAAAACUUUCCGCAGCUUAGCGAGGAGGAGAGAGAAUGUAUAAAGAUUCCCAGAGACAUGGAUGAUGCUAAAGCCUUAGGAAAAGUGCUCUCUAAAUACAAGGAUACCUUCUACGUACAAGUAUUAGUAGCCUAUUUUGCUACCUAUGUAUUCCUGCAAACAUUUGCUAUUCCUGGGUCUAUAUUUCUGAGCAUACUCUCGGGAUUUCUCUACCCAUUCCCCCUAGCUCUGUUUCUUGUCUGCUUGUGCUCUGGACUUGGGGCCUCUUUUUGUUAUAUGUUGUCCUAUUUAGUUGGGAGACCAGUCGUGUAUAGAUAUCUGACAGAAAAAGCGGUAAGCUGGUCAAAACAGGUUGAACGACACAGAGAUCAUCUCAUUAACUACAUAAUCUUUUUGAGAAUAACUCCUUUCCUUCCUAAUUGGUUUAUCAAUAUAACCUCUCCUGUAAUAAACGUGCCAUUGAAAGUAUUUUUCAUUGGUACUUUUCUAGGUGUCGCACCACCAUCUUUUGUAGCAAUUAAAGCUGGCACAACACUUUACCAACUUACAACAGCCGGUGAAGCCGUUUCUUGGAACUCUGUUUUUGUUCUCAUGGUUCUAGCUAUUCUGUCUAUUUUGCCAGCUGUCUUCCAGAAGAAACUUAAAGAAAAGUUUGAAUGAGGGUCAUCCUGGAUCUUCCUUUCCCAUAUUUCAUCUCAGGAUCAGCACUAUUUGUAUGAUCACUUUUAUAUUGGAUCUUUAGCAAUU